UGCUGCAAACGGUCAGCGUGUGUAAAGUGAGCGCGAGGCAAGUGUGCGCGCGUGCGUGCGUGCAAGUAGAGCUGGGGAGAGAAGAGAGAGAGAGAAAGAAAGAGAGAGAGACAGCCUGAGCCCCAAACACGGAGCAUGCCUCUGCGUCCGGCAGCCGGCAAACAUGAGCCAGCCAGCUCUGCGCGGCAGGACCAGCAGCCGCGCACACACGCACACACACUCACGAGCCCGCACACGCACGCAGCCAACGGCAGCCAGUGGGGCAGCACCGACAGCGGCAGCUCCCGGGAAGAGGAGGACAGCGGCGUUCUGGCUUUCCGUCCCGGUGCAGAGCGAGGCUCCAGCGCGCGGGCACCCAUGGAGGAGCCGACGGGCAACACGGUGGUCAUCCGCAUCGGAAUCCCAGACCUGCAACAGACGAAAUGCUUGAAAUUCAAUGUGGAUGCUCCAAUUUGGCUGUCCAAGCAGCAAAUCCUGUGUACUCUCAACCAGAGCCUGAAGGAUGUACUCAACUAUGGCCUGUUCCAGCCAGCUUACAACGGCAAGGCCGGGAAAUUUCUGGAUGAAGAACGACAGCUAAGGGAAUACCCGUUCCCAUCCAUCGCUCCUGUACCUUACCUCGAGUUCCGCUAUAAAAGACGUGUCUACACACAGACCUACCUUGAUGAAAAGCAGUUGUCCAAGCUCCACACCAAGGCAAACCUGAAAAAGUUUAUGGAAUAUGUGCAGCAGAGGAACAUUGAAAAAGUCUCAAGGUUCCUGGAUAAAGGCCUGGAUCCAAACUUCCAUGAUCCAGACACAGGAGAGUGUCCACUAACGCUAUCAGCUCAGCUGGAGGGAUGUGCAGACCUCAUCAAAGUGCUAAAAAAUGGAGGGGCACAUCUGGACUUCAGAACAAAGGAUGGGAUCACAGCCCUGCACAAGGCCGUGCGCAGCAAGAACCACACAGCUCUUAUUACCCUCCUGGAUUUGGGUGCAUCACCUGAUUAUAAAGACAGCAGGGGGCUGACUCCUCUCUACCACUGCUCUAUGGUCGGAGGAGACCCUUAUUGCUGUGAACUGUUACUGCACGAUCACGCACAAGUCGGCUGUGUGGACGAGAACGGCUGGCAGGAGAUUCAUCAGGCGUGUCGAUAUGGCCAUGUGCAGCACUUGGAGCACCUGCUGUUCUAUGGAGCUGUCAUGAGUGCCCAGAAUGCAUCUGGAAACACCGCCCUACACGUGUGUGCUCUCUACAACCAGGAAAGCUGUGCACGUGUUCUUCUGUUCCGCGGAGCCAAUAAAGAGAUCAAGAACUACAACAGCCAAACUGCUUUUCAAGUGGCUAUUAUCGCUGGAAACUUUGAUCUGGCAGAAAUCAUCAAGGUGCACAAAGCAUCAGAUGUUGUGCCUUUCAGGGAGACCCCCUCCUACACCAACCGUCGACGUUUGACAACCGGCCCCCUGCCCUCACCACGGUCUUUGCUUCGCUCUGCGAGUGACAACAACCUGAACGGUGACCACGAUCACAUUCACAGUCAGCCCCCCAGAGAGAGCCGUGGUCGCCAGGGCCCGUCUCCUGUCCCCUCGCUGCGCAGCCUCCCAGCCUUUGGGCAACAGCACAGCAGCCUUGGAGAAGAAAGAUAUGUUAAAAAGAGUCGUCACGGUGAGAUCCCCGACAGCAGUCUUCAGAGUACUGGCAGCUCCAGAUCUUCCCAUUCCCGUUCUCCUUCACUACGUCACAUGCAUGAAGACGACAAACCAAUUCCCAGACGGUCCCAAAGCCACGGCUACCCUCAUGGAUACAGCCCUCGCGGAAGACUCAGCCCCGGCUCAGUGCAUCGAGACCCAAGCCCACCCCAUCACACUCCUCCAGCUCUAACGGGAACGCGUGGGCCCAAAAGGAAACUCUACAGUGCCGUCCCAGGACGUACUUUCAUUGUAGUCAAGCCUUAUACGCCACAAGGGGAGGGGGAGAUCCAGCUUAACCGUGGGGAGCGAGUCAAAGACUUUGACUGUAAUGACGUAGAAGCUUUUCCAGAGGAGCAACUCUACGAUGAGAUCAAAAUAGUCACAGACAACUUCAUGAUCGCAAAUGCUGACACACCAUGCAAUGAAGAUGCAGAAGAUUACUCUGACAUUGAUGAUGAAUAUGGUAAAGUGCUGAGCAUAGGUGAAGGAGGUUUCUGGGAAGGCUCAGUGAAAGGGAGGACAGGCUGGUUCCCAGCAGACUGUGUGGAGGAAGUUCAGAUGAGGCAGUAUGACCCACGGCUAGAGAGUCGGGAGGAUCGCAACAAAAGACUGUUCAGACACUACACUGUGGGAUCUUACGACAACUUCACCUCAUACAGUGACUACAUCAUAGAGGAGAAGAACGCUGUUUUACACAAGAAAGAAAAUGAGGGUUUUGGUUUUGUCCUUCGGGGAGCCAAAGCUGAGACUCCCAUUGAAGAGUUCACGCCCACCCCAGCGUUCCCGGCCCUACAGUAUCUGGAGUCAGUGGACGUGGAGGGAGUGGCCUGGAGGGCUGGUCUCAGAACGGGGGACUUCUUGAUUGAGGUAAAUGGGGUGAAUGUGGUGAAGGUGGGCCAUAAGCAGGUAGUUUCUUUGAUCCGGCAAGGAGGCAGCAGACUGCUGAUGAAGGUUGUUUCUGUCACACGCAAACCAGAAUCUGAAGAAGCUGUUCGAAAAAAAGCUCCCCCACCACCAAAAAGAGCUCCCAGCACAACCCUGACUCUGCGCUCCAAGUCCAUGACCGCUGAGCUUGAAGAACUGGCUUCUGCUCGGCGGAAAAGGGGAGAAAGACUAGAUGAGAUGUUGGCAUCGCAAGAAUCUAUGAUGCGUUCACAGCCCUCCGAGGCAGAUUACAGAGCAGCUACUGUCAAACAACGGCCUACCAGCAGGAGAAUCACACCAGCAGAGAUCAGUUCACUCUUUGAGAGACAAGGGAUGACUUUCCAUGGAGCUCUUCACCCAGGGAUUGAGAGAGGUCACAUACCACUACCAAAGGGAAUGUCCAGGACCAAGUCUUUUGGUGCAACUGAGGAGGAUCGACUAUCUGCCCUUGCAGGCGAGCACAGAUUUCCCCGUAGUUCCUCAAUGACAGACAGCCUCCGGGACCACUCACAGGGCCAUCCAAUCCCUCCACCUCCCCAAACGGCGCCUCCCCCUCCUCCCUACUACCUAGACACGGGUCCUCCUCCACCUUUCUGCCCUCCUCCUCCCCCAUCUAGGACCCAGAGUCAGAGCCAUGAGCCCGGAGGACGUUCUAGCUUUAAGCCGUCCUCCUUGGACUUGCCUUAUGAGGCCGCUCAGCGGCAGGCCACUCACAUUGAGAGACAGAAAAAAGCUUGCUCAAUGAUUAUCCUGCAGGAUUCUUCCCAUCAACCUGUAGAGCCGACAGAAAUCCCUCGUCCCUGUGCUGCUACGCCACCUGAGCGGAUAAAAAGAAAGGGUCGGAUUAUUGACAACCCUUACGCAAAUGUGGGUCAGUUUAGCAUUGGAUUGUACACGCCCACCAAACCACAAAGAAAAAAGAGUCCUCUGGUAAAACAACUGCAGGUAGAAGAUGCACAAGAAAAAGCUAGUUUAGCCUUAGCUGCUGCCCACUCACGAGAGAGCUCACCCUCAGGAAGACACCCACAUACCCACGGGCACACUAACACCAGCCGUGCAGAUUACUACCAGCAGCAGCUGAUGAUUGAGCGGGAGCGUUUGCGGGCCCAAGGAGAGAUGAUUUUUCAGGGUAAGGGCCCCUUUGCUGCAGCAAUUGCUGGAGCUGUGAAAGAUCGUGAGCGGCGUCUAGAAGAAAGAAGGAAAUCCACUGUCUUCCUAUCUGUCGGGACCCUGGAGGGCUCAUCAACAAGCCCUGAUUCCCCUUCUUUGACUCAGUCUCAUUCUAUAGAUGAAAGAAUACUGACUCGAGAGCUGGGACAGCUUCCUCCCCCUGCCUUGGCUCUUAGCCCCUCUCCUAGUGGGACCACCUUUAUCCAUCCACUUACAGGAAAGCCUCUUGACCCAAAUUCUCCACUGGCUCUUGCGCUGGCUGCAAGAGAAAGGGCACUAACCUCCCAGAGCCAGUCUCCAACUGGCAGCCCAGAACCUCGGACUAAACAGGACCGAGUCGGUCAGGGAGUAAUGUUUAUUGACAUUCAGACCAAAGAGUCUCCUCGAGGUGAUGGUGCAACUAGUUCUCCUCCAUUUUCACCUAAAAGCAGCAAGGCAGCUGGAUAUGAAGUUGGAUCUUCCCUUGCAUCUGUUUUAGCUCCUCAGCCCACCAAGCCUCAGUUGGCACCAUCACCAUCGCCUAUAUCAUUCCGUCAAGAGAUGGAAGCAAGAGUAGAGGAAAGGAGAGAAGAAAAGAGACUAGAGGAUAAAAAGAGCAUGUUGAUUAGCAUUAUGGACACAUCACAACAGAAGACAGCAGGACUGAUCAUGGUACAUGCCACCAAUAAUGGUCAAGCUGCUGGAAUGGGUUCAGAACUUGAACAGAUACCAGUGCUUGCUUCGAUGGAGCCCAGCAAAACACCAAGUCCGCAGGCUAAACCUCUUAGUCCCACUGUACCCCAGUCCCAGGUCUUACCUCAAACUCAGCAUCCUGCCACCCCUUGCCAAGAGAAGAGUUUGGCUCAGGGAAGUUCAGAGGAGGAUGCGGACACAUACACAGUCACUUUGCCCCCUGCUGUUUUAUCCUCCAGCGAUGAGGAAACAAGAGAAGAGCUACGAAAGAUCGGAGUAGUUCCUCCUCCAGACGAGUUUGCAAAUGGGUUGCUGGCACAGGCACAUCCAACGCCAGCAUCCCCUGCUAAGGCUUCCACCUCUCCUGGAACCCCAACAACACCAACACCCCAAACUCCCUCAACCCUGUUAACCCCUAUUGUGACUCCCACCCAGCCUCAGCCUCAGCAGCCCUCACGUCUACACAGUGCUGCAGCUGUCUCAGGGAAACCAUCUGACCCUCUGGAGCCCCCACCAGUGGGUGAGUCUGGCUCUGCGGCUGACUCAGGCGUGGAGGAGGCUGACACACGUAGCUCAAGUGACCGAGAAAGAGAUCAUCAUCUUGAGACCACCAGCACUGUCUCCACGGUUUCCAGCAUGUCCACACUGUCGUCAGAAAGCGGUGAGCCUGCUGACACACACACCACGCACACCUCCUAUGCCGACGGGCAGACAUUUGUUUUCGACAAGCCACCAGUGCCUCCUAAGCCCCGACUCAAGUCCCAGAUAGGAGGGAGUAAAGGCCCCGUCACCUUCAGGGACCCUCUACUGAAGCAGAGCUCCGACAGUGAGCUGCUAUCCCAACAACAGGCUGCUGCCCUGGCUGCUGCUGCAGCUGGAGGAGCUGGGCUCCCUGCAGGAGGUUCUGCCUCUGUGACUGGUCUAGGCCCCACCAAGCCUCGCUACCUCUUCCAAAGGAGGUCCAAGCUGUGGGGGGACCCAGUGGAGCCUCGAGGCCCAGGGGUGGGGCUAAGCAUUGGAAGUUUGGGCAAUCUUGGUGGACUGGGACUUGGGCUGGGUGCAGAUGAAGGUACAAAACCUUCUGUAAUAGGGGAGCUAAGUUCACGUCUACAGCAGUUAAAUAAAGACACUAGGUCACUGGGUGAGGAGCCACUGGGAACAUCACUUGACCCAGGGAGGAAGUCACCUGUAACAGGGGCCAGACUUUUCAGCAGCUUAGGUGAACUCCACACCAUUUCUCAGAGAAGCUAUGGAACCACAUUCACCAUCCGCCCUGGUAGCCGCUACCCCGUCACGCGACGUACCCCCAGCCCAAGCUCGGGCUCACCUGACCGGGGUGAUCCCCUUGGACGAUUUUCAGGCUAUGGCCUUCCAACAUCACCAACGACACCACCACAAACCAUCCUCAAGUCCUCCAGCCUCAGCUUACCACAGGAGCCCAAAGAGGUGCGAUUUGUCAUGAGGAGCUCAAGCGCUCGGUCGCGCUCUCGCUCCCCAUCCCCGUCCCAUUCCCCGGGGUUAGGCUCGCCCCUUUUAGCACUUCGACCCUUCCACCAGAAACCCCUCCACCUUUGGAACAAGUAUGACGUCGGAGACUGGCUGGAGAGCAUCAAUCUAGGGGAGCACAGAGCAGGGUUUCAGGAACACGAGAUUGAAGGCUCUCACCUCCCAGCUUUGACCAAGGAUGACUUUGCAGAGUUGGGAGUAACACGAGUUGGACACCGCAUGAACAUCGAACGAGCACUAAAGCAGCUGCUGGAAAGCUGACCCCUGCCCUGAGACAGAGCAACAGUUGGAGAAAAGAAAGAUGGGGAGGUGUAGAGCUGAAAAAAAUGAGAAAAACAGUACAGACUGCUCCUCUUUUGCUCCAGCUGCUUUUAUGUUUAGUAUGAAAGACUUUUACAUUGUCACUCUGCAUUAAUGCUCUGCUUAACACUUAACAUAACAUUUAGUUCAAAGCUGAAAAUUGAAAUAUGGAUAUUUUUAAAGGAAUCAAAUUGUCUGAUAUGAUCAGUUUACUUGAGAAGAUUGGCUGCUUGAAAAUUGGCUAUUUUCUUUUUCAUUUGACCAUUUUUAUCUCUCACCCACUCAGACAAAGGCCCUCCAAGCUUUAAGCAGUUGAAGCAAAAGAGCAGGAGUAUGUGUUUCUGAUUCAAACACAAAGCUCAGUUGCCUUUGAAAAUAAUUUAUUAAGAAAUCCACAGUGAGAAACACUGCAACGGAAAAAGUACCGGCACGGCUCUAACAAGGUGUGCCUGCUGUAUACCUGCUGUCAGUUCUAAACUGGAGACUUGAGGUGGAGCUCCACAGAAGGAGAAAACCCAUCUGCCUUGGUACCCAGACUGUGCUAUCUAACAUAUUUGGAGAAUGUUUAACCAACACUCGUGGCUUUUUUCAUAUUAAAUUUCUUUGUUUUUUUUCUAAAGGGAGUUAUAUAUAAAUAAUUAAAUGCUUUAUAUAUACACAAAUAUCUAUAUCUAUAUAUAUCUAUAUAUAGAUAUAGAUUUAUCACAGAUAUAACUGUUUAUAUGUAUCUAAAUAUUUACAAUAUAUAUGUAUCUAAAUAUAGAUUAUUACAGCAAAAAAGUCUGAGUUGCAGAGAAUAAACAAAUAAAGGAAAACAUAAAUCUGCAGUUGUAUUUGGAGUUUAGUAUAGACAGAAAAUUGUUAUUCAGCCAAUAGUUUACUAAUUUGUAUCAGUUCAUAUAAUUAUACUGUAGAUACAUAUUUAUAUUUAAAAGAAAAAGUGUAUGGAUUCAGCAUUUUUUGUUUGUUUGUUUGUUAUCUGCCAUGUGUACUCAAUUUUCUCCCCUUCUUUAACGGUAGCAUGACUAGUUGCAUAGUUUUUGGGCAGUUUGUCUGUUUUGUUUUUUUGCUUUACCUAUACGGUCUUCCGUUACUCUAAAAGGUAUCCUAUAAUGUGACGCGAAAAAUGUGACCCAGCUGACACCUAUCCCCACUGUCUCAGCUACAGAUCCCAUCAUCUCACAAUAUCCUGCGAGCGCCGCUAACAAAGCCAGCUACUUGCUUUAAAAGGGGCUCUUUCAUUGUUGGCUUGUUUAUACUCAGGGAUGGAAACUUGGGCCGGGAAAGAUUGGUGGCUGUUUCAAUAAUCAUCUUUGGCAACAAUUAUUUUAGAAAAUGUUCCACAGCUAGUAAAAUUUCCAUCCCUGUGACCCGGUAUGAGGAUUUCUUGAGCAAGAUGCACAAUUUCUGUUAUUGAUAGCAGUCAAAUAGCAGAUAGGUUGUGAGAAAAGUGAAACGACCUGCAGGAUAUGGACAUUGUUUCUCACUCAGGCUGUGGGGAUGGGAAAGCUACUGUAAGUUCCUUUAAAAAAAAAAGAGAAAAAAUGAGUAUUUUACAGCCUCACUGGGCGCUGCUUCCCUUUAUCUCUGCCAUUGUCACAGUGAGUUGAAAUAUUAUCAGAAACAAGGGCAACUGGCGCACUAACAAUGAGAACCAGGUUCUGAAAUGAAACAAGGAGUUUUCCUUGAACAAUAGAAAUCAGUAAUUGUAUUCAGUGUUGAGUAGCCUCUGCUGGCAGUAAUAAACAGUUUUAUUUGCGUAAAAACAAAGCAUUUUGGCAUGAACUGUUUUUUUGACAGGAUGCCAUAAAAUCUCUGAAACCCUCGAAAACUUCUGCUCAGCAGGAGCCUUCAGUCAGAAUGCCAAGGGGUGGCAAAAAAAAAAAGAGUUAAAGCUUAAUUUCUUUUGUUUUGGUUUGGUUUGGUUUCUUUGCAGUUUUAAAGCGGGUGGUGAACAAAUCGCUAUUAUCUGGGUUGUAGGAAUAGCAAUCACUGCCUCACUGUGACCUCACUGAUUAUUUUACUUUUUGACUUCAGUGUUUUGUUUCGUGGAUUUAUGUGAACUUUUGGUUGAUAUUUAUCUUUUGUUGUUGUUGCUGACCCGCUACCCUCAUCCACUUGGGUAGAUUUUGUAGCGUGUAGAACGUGAAAUCUAAAUCUGUUCCGAAUUUUAGAGUGACGGGGGGAAAAAAUAUGACAGAAAAAUAUUGUUUGUUCUGAACAUACUUACUACACUUGUAAAAAAAAAAAAAAAAAAAAGAAGAAGAAUGAACAAACUUAUGAUAUUUGUUUUUUAUCACAAGCAAUGUAAAUAUAAUAGAUUUCAUAUAAAUUUUUGAAAAACUAAAAGUAUAUAGAUCUAUAUAUGAAUGUUUGGCAUAUAUGCAUAGUUAACCACCUAUGGAAAAGGUGAGCAGAUUUUAUUCUUUCUAUGAACUCUUGAACUUUUGAACUCUGAACAAUGAACUAGGGGAUGAUUUGCACAAAAACAAGGUGACAAGGUGCUAACAUAAAAAGCCACUCAUCGUCCAAGCGCAUGCAUGCAUCUGGAUUCCCCUAAUCUUUCGGUGUGGUUUUUCCUUUUCGACACAUGUAUGGCUGCGGGUCCACGUGUGCAAAAGCUUGUUUGUUUCUAUUUUUGUGUAUUUGUUUGGAAGAGACAAUGAGAUCGCGUGAAAACAGUGAGCGUGUGGUUAGUUGUUAGGGUUUACAUCUUAGGAGUUAGUCCAAUAUAGCCUUACUGUACCAUCAGAGAUUGCCGGUUGUUGCUGUGUUACAACACACAUAUUUACACACAAACAGAAAAAAAGUGUACACGUCAGUUUAAUCAAAGACUUUAUCAUUCUGGAGUCUAGUUUAGUAUAGUGAGAUCUAGAAAAAGUGAAUUUUUCUGCGAGAAUCAGAAUGAAAUUAGAUAAGAACUUUCAGAAUAAUGCUUUUAUUUUAAACCUUACAUUAAAAAAAAUGAGGGACAAAAAAAAAGAAAAACUCACUUUUUAAGCGUGCAUGUGGUGUCGCUCUUCUGUACAUCCAUUCCCAGAUGCGCUCCCUAUCCUCCAAAAUCUGUUCGGCAGCACUCCUUUUUCCUUUUUCAGACAUUCAGUUUCUGAGUUUUGAAUACGCUAUAUUAGCUGAUUUAAUGAGGAACAAACAUAACAAAUGAAAAAUGUGCCAAAAAGUAACGUAACUUUCCAAUGUAUAUUUGUCUUUGCUUUAGGACUAUCUUAGUUGCAGCCUUCUUAUGCUGUUAGAUACUAUGACAAUAUGGUGCCAUCUCCUGGAAAUCUUGAGAAGAACAGACAUUUGUUACAUCCUUCUGCAGGCAGAACUGCAGUCAUUGUUGUUUCUUUGUAAAGAAGCAGGCUAUAUGCAUGUCUCUAGAUAUUUAUGAACAUAUAUAUAGCCUGCGUAUAUCUACUUGCAUUUACAUUUCUAUAGUAACUCAGUAGCUUGAUUUGAUUAUUGUUCCCAGAGAGAAAAGUACGGUCUGAUCUCAGACACAGGCUGGCCUGGUUGGAGGAAUCAGCUCUGUAGUGAAUCUUGCUUGGAUUGGUGUGUAAGCUUUCUACAGACAAACAGGACAAAUGAGCAGUGUGUAACAGACAUACACAUCAGUUUGUUUCAGAGGAGGGUUUAUCUCCAGUCGUAUUUCUUAAUCAACAAAGCACAAUCUACAAAACGUAGGAGGAAGAGUGUGAUCUUUCUAAAAAAAAAAAAACACUGGUACCAGCGACCCACCGGAACCAGUGAUCUUAUCAUCAAAGAUUUUUCUUUUGUUGUUAUUGUUUUUAUUUAAUUUUUUUCCUUGUUUGCACUGUGAAGUUUCAAACGGUGGACAUAUCACUGCAACACCUCAGCCUUGUCUCAUGAGUAAACUGGGCGCCUCUGUGAUAUUUCUCUAAAAACCUAAAACUGAAACCAUGUUUUAUUAAAAAUGUAUUAAAACUGACGUCAACUCAAACAGUUGAAAGGUGAUCACAGAGGUUGAGGCAAGAUCUGAGAUGUUGCCCAGGAUAUGUCUACGACAGAGAUAUAUGUUUGUUACCUUAUGUAAUAAAUUUAUUAUUAAAACAUGAA